AUGGCUAAACUUCCUAACCUGAAGCCCGUAGUUGGUAGUUGUCCGUCGCCUCCAACGCAUUAUUCUCCAUCCGACCAUAACAAACCCUCGUUGGGCUCGCUCUACGAGCACGUUUCCAUGUCGUCAUCCGCGUCGCCCCCCGACGACCCCCAACACGACAAGGGCCCGCUGGCCUCGCUCAACCUCAACUUCCUAAAGUCGCUGAACGACAAGAAGACCACCCGCGAUGGCAACCCGCCCAAGCGCCGAGGUCCCAAGCCCGAUAGCAAGCCCGCAUUAACGCGCCGACAAGAGCUCAACCGCCAAGCGCAAAGGACGCAUCGGGAACGCAAAGAGCUUUACAUAAAAGCGCUCGAAGACGAGGUGCUGCGGCUGAAGGAGAUCUACACCAACGUCGCGCAAGACAAGGACCGGCUCGCCGAGGAGAACCGGCGGCUCAAGUACCUGCUGCAGCAGAACGGCAUCUCAGCCAGCCCGGGAGGUGGUGGUGGUUUGGACGACUUCGGCGGCGGUGGCGGCGGUGGCGGCGGUGGCAGCACCGGCCUGAGCCCUGGGUACACGUCGAGCGGGAGCAUGUCGGGCGGGUACGGGGCGGGGAGCUCCAGCGCGGCGUACACCCCCGGCAUGACGUCCACGUCGAGCCCGAAUUCGAUGUCCGGGUACCAUUCGCGCUCGGGACAGGGCUAUCAUCAUAACCAAUCCCACCAGCACCAGCACCAGAUUGAUUACGAGCAGACUGGGAUAGAUUUCGUGUUAACGUACGAUACCCCCGAUGACCCCUCGAAGGCGUACAUGUCGCCUCCCCCGCAGCUCGAGCGACCGUGUAUGGACCACAUGCCGUGGCUCAUCGAGCGGGCGCAAGACGCGGCAGGCACAGCGGCGGGGCACGCGCUGAUGGCGUCGUGCCCGCCGGAGCCGUUCGCGGACCUCAGCGAGGAGAUCCCGUUCGGGAACGCGCACACGGGGGCCGGGGACCCGGCGCAUCAGCGCACCUGGGAGCUGUCCAAGGCGGACCUGGCGACGCUGCUCGACCUCAGCGGCAAGCUCGACCUCGACGGCGAGAUCACGCCCGUCAUGGCCUGGCGCAUGGUGCUUGCACACCCCAGGAUGCGCGACUUGAAGCCGGAGGACUUCGAGAGGUUGGUGGAGGACUUGAGGGGGAAGCUUGCUAAUGGAUAUGUCGACGACAGGUUCGGGGCUGUGAUGGAAGAGUUCGAGGUGCGGGAUGCGCUGAACGCGGUCUUCUCCGCAAAGUCGGAAGUGGGCAUGGCGUAUUAA